CAUACUCUGAAUGUAAAAACUCAACUUGAUUUUAGUUUGCUCAUUUUUUUAUUUUAAAAUAUAAAUAAAUACUUUUAUUUGUGUGUAAUGUCAACUGAAUGUGAGCUGGCAAAUUGCAAUAAAUGGGAAGAAAAAUGCGUAUCUGCAUGGUAUCGGACUUCUUUUAUCCAAGCAUUGGUGGAGUCGAGGAACAUAUAUACAAUCUCUCUCAAAUGCUGCUGGCAUUGGGACACAAGGUUGUUGUUUUGACGCACGCUUAUGGAGAUUGCAGCGGCAUUCGUCAUAUGACGCAUGGCCUGAAGGUUUAUUACCUGCCCAUAAAGGUGUGCUACAAUCAAUGCAUCCUGCCCACUGCCGUCUGCAAUGUGCCCAUGCUGCGAGCCGUGCUUUUGCGCGAACAAGUGGACGUAGUCCAUGGUCAUUCAGCAUUUAGCGCGCUGGCUCACGAGGCUUUGAUGGUGGGCGCGCUGCUUGGACUGAAGACUGUCUUCACGGAUCACAGCUUGUUUGGCUUUGCUGAUCUUUCUGCUGCCUUGACCAAUAAGCUCUUGGAAAUUACGUUGAGUAUGGUGAACCAUGCCAUCUGCGUCUCUCACAUUGGCAAGGAGAAUACCGUGUUGCGUGCUCGUGUAGCAAAACAUCGCGUCUCUGUCAUACCUAAUGCUGUGGACACCGCGCUUUUCACACCUGACCCUUCACAGAGACCCGUCAACGGAGUCAUAAAUAUAGUCGUUGCGUCUCGCUUGGUCUACCGCAAGGGCAUCGAUCUGCUGGCAGGGGUAAUCCCACGCUUUAAGAAUACCCCAAAUAUUAAUUUUAUUAUAGUUGGAGAUGGUCCUAAACGAGAUCUUCUGGAGGAGAUUCGUGAGAAGACAAAUAUGCAGGAUCGUGUCGAGAUUUUGGGCGCUGUUAAGCAUGCCGAGGUGCGUGAUGUCCUUGUGCGUGGUCACAUCUUUGUUAACACCUCAUUGACGGAGGCCUACUGCAUGGCCAUUGUGGAGGCCGCUAGCUGUGGCCUUCAAGUGGUAUCCACCAGUGUGGGUGGCAUUCCGGAAGUGUUGCCCAAUAACCUAAUACUGCUUGCCGAGCCGGACAUAGAAGCUAUAUAUGCGGCUAUAUUAGUAGCCAUCGAUAGACAUCGCAGGAUUUGCAAGGUGGCUAAGAUAGAGGAAGGUAAUGGAAGAGCGAAGCGUAAGAGGAAGAAGAAAGGCACGGCUAGGCCAGCAAAUGGAGCUGCAAUCGGUGCGAUGACAGUAGAAGCAGGCACAGCAGCUGGGGGCGAUCCUGGAAAAUCUGUCACAGCAUCAGCUGGAGAUGGAACAGCUGAAAGAGCAGCUGAUGAUGGGACAGCAGGAACUGAUAGAUUAGCAGGUGGGGAAGGAACACCUGCACGAGCAGCAGGAGAUACUAGAGGAGCAAUAGGAGGAGGGGCAACAACUGUCUUUGGAGAUGGAGGAUCAACUGGUAAGCAGGCAGGGCCAGAGCUCUGUCCACACAGAUGCAAUGAACUGGUGGAAACUCUCUACAACUGGGAGGAUGUGGCCCAGCGUACGAUCAAGGUAUACGAUCGAGUGUUAAAAGAACGCGCAUUUACGCUCAGCGAACUGAUUUAUGCUGUCUAUCAAUGUGGAUCAUGGUUUUUGGCUUUCCUAGUCGUGAGUCACUUUACGUUGCGCUUGAUGGAGCUCUGGCGUCCACGCAGUCGCAUUGAGUUUGCUCACGAGGCGAGAAAAAAGCCUAGAUAAUGAUAAAUAUUUGUAUUCCAUUAGAACUUCCAAUUUAUUGUUAGUUUUAUAGACCAUUUUGUCAAUUAGUUCAAAUAUACCAAGGUGUUCGCUAUAACAUUUUGUGAUAAGAUACGUAAAUAAACAUUGGUUUUCUUUAACCGGUUAACAUGAUGUUA